GUGGAGUCGGGCCAGUCCGCGCUUCCCAUCCUCGUCGGCACCGACUCGGCCACCUCGCGGGUCAGCGCCGACGCCCCCCCGUCCAAGGGCAUCCAGCACGAGUGCAACGUGGUCCGUGCUUUCAGCCAGGUGGAGGCGACCGGCCACGAGGAGAUCAUCUACAAGUCUGAUGGUGAGGGCGCCUUGGCGGCGCUCAAGCGAGAGGAAGCGCCGGCCUACGUCGGCGCCAGCGACGGCCUGGCAGAGGUAGCAGUGAGGGGGGUCAAGGGCGUCGCGCGGUCUCUGAGAGUCGCCUUGUCCCUGCUGCACGGCACAGACAUCCCGAAUGACCAUCCAGUGUUGACCUGGCUGGUAGCCCACGCUGCAGGAUGCAUCAAUCGUGGUAAGAUCGGCGCCGAUGGACGGACGCCGCGCGAGAGGCACGCGGGCAAGGCCUCUCGCAAGGUGUUGCCGCCUGUCUGUGAGAUCAUCGUGUUCCUCCAGAGUGCGAGGCGCGACACCGAGUUCGAGGGGCGCUGGAAGAUCGGAGUCUUCCUGGGCGUCAUCAAGAAGUCGAGCGAGAUGUUCGUCGGCCACGACCGCAGGGUCGUACGCGCGCGGUCCAUCAGGAGGAGACCGCCGAGCCAGUGGGCCGACGCGGCCCUGCUGCUUUCGAUCAGGGGCGCGCCGUGGACGCCGACCCCGGACAAACCAGAGAACGCUCGCACCCCGACGGUCAUCGACGAAGUUCCGGUCGACCCCGCCGUGCAGCAGCCGAGGGUUGUGCCAGAGCAGGUCCUGGCUGAGCCUCGGAACGUUUACAUUCGCAGGAGCGCCGAGCUGGCCGAGCGCGGUUUCACAGAUGGACGCCAGGGCUGCCACGCGGCCCGCGCCAGCGCAGCGGCCAAGGCCCACAGCCCGGAGUGCCGUGAGCGCAUCCAGCAAGCCAUGGCGAAUGACCGUGAGCUCGCGCCCUGCGUCUUCGGGGCAGCGGCCCGCCAGCUGGAGGCGGCUGACAGGGCGCCUGUGCGCUGGGAGGGCGAGGGCGCCGUGGCACCGCCUCAAGCUGCCAGCCCGGUCGAGGCACCGAUGGAGUCGAGCGACCUGGCCGACGAGCCGUUCCGCGCGGAGGUGCCAGGCACGCCGCGGGCGCAGGCUGCUGGGCCGAGCGGGCCGUUGCAGGUGUCGCCUGGAGCUGGGGAUGCCAUGGGCGCGGACUCGCUGCAGCUCUGCGCGCUGCUGGCGGCUUUCGGCGACUGGAGGGUGGCCGUCAGCGAGCUGCAUGGGCCAGGGCGCGUCACGUCUCGGUCGAGCGCCUUCGACUUUGAGCCCAGCACAGCCUACGACAUCAGGACCGGCUACGACUUCAGCCAGGAGGGCGACAGGCAGCGGGCGAAGGCUACGAUCGAGCUAGAGCAGCCGCUGCUGACCACCGGCAGCCCGACGCGCGCGCCGUGGUCGAACCUACAGGCCCUCAACGCGGUCCAGGGCGUGGAC